CUGACGUCAUUCAAAGGCGACAUCAGGAUUUGUAAACAUGUAGGACCAGAACCCGUCCCUUAUUAGACAUUCUCUGGUAGGACUGAUUCCAAAAAUGAUACCGCACUGGAAGCAUUUUUGCUAGUCCUCGUCAACGUGUACAACAGCAGUCUAUUUAGAAGUGCCAUUGACUAAAGGAUGGCUACAUUAACGCGACAGGAUCUUAAUUUUGGCCAAGUGGUGGCAGAUAUAUUAUGCGAGUUUCUGGAGGUUGCCAUUCAUCUCAUUCUGUACGUCCGAGAGGUGUAUCCGUCGGGAAUCUUUCAGAAGAGGAAGAAAUACAACGUCCCCGUCCAGAUGUCAUGCCACCCUGAGCUGAAUCAGUACAUCCAGGACACUCUUCACUGUGUAAAACCACUCAUUGAGAAGAAUGAGGCCGAGAAGGUCGUAGUGGUCAUCAUGGACAAGGAGCACCAUGCCAUGGAGAGAUUUGUGUUUGAGAUUUCCCAACCUCCUCUGCUGUCCAUUAGCUCAGAGACACUGCUGUCACAUGUGGAACAACUUCUCCGGGCUGUGAUACUGAAGAUCAGCGUUUGUGAUGCUGUUUUGGACAACAACCCACCAGGGUGCACAUUCACUGUGCUGGUACACACCAGAGAGGCUGCCACAAGAAAUAUGGAGAAAAUUCAAGUGAUCAAGGAUUUUCCGUGGAUCGUGGCGGAUGAGCAAGAGGUGCACAUGCAGGGCUCCCGACUCAUCCCACUCAAGACCAUGACAUCCGACAUCGUCAAAAUGCAACUCUAUGUGGAGGAAAGGGCUCAGAAGACGUCCUAGCUCAGAGUACGAUGAAGGAGGAGUGAAGAUGUUAACAUGGCAAACCUACCUUCACUAAAAUCUCUCCUGCAGACCUUCAGCUUUGGAAGAAGAGAGUUUCUUCCCGGGCUGUUUCCACCUUGAAGCUUAGUUACUCUGUUUAAAGCUUGUCCUUCUGCUCUCUUUAAAGACUGCAAGUAAGGACGCUGUGAAACUGCUCAGAUUGUGCUCAUGUGGACGAGCUGGUUCUGCCGUGAACUGCCUUCUUAAGCCCUGAACCCUGAUCCUGCUUGUAGCGCAGUGUAGUGAACCUGCAAUUGGGCUGCUUUUCAUUUCCUUCCUGUGUGUGUGUACAUUGAAUGUUUACGAUUCAUCAAGGACAGUGAUAAUGUCUUCACCUCCAGUGAAAGACCAUGUGGUGGUGCUCAUUUGGGAGAAUGUCUGUGUUUAUGUCUGUGUUUGUGUUUUGAGACUCUGUGAAAGAUCAGAAACAUGUCUAUGGAGAGUUCAGAGAAUUUCACAAAGAAACGAAGAUAUUUGACAGAAAACAUUUUACAUUAAAGUUGAAAGUGUUUAAUAAAGUUUGAUUAAUUACUCUAA